CCCUGGUUUUGAGGUACAGAGAUUUGGCUUUUGAGAGCAAUUACACUUUAACCUUUUUGGUCACACAUAAAAAGAUGAGAAGCAGACCAUCUACCUUUCUAUCUUCUUGUCGUGAGCAGUAAAACAGGGUCUCCAUGUUGAAGACACAUUAAAAUUGAGUAUAAAUUGUUUGUGAGCAGCAAAAGAGGGUCUGAGUCCUGAAAACCUAAGUAUAAAUUGUAUGAGAAAUCUUAAUGGCUGCCAAUCGUGUACAGCUAGGUUUUGUUCAGUCAAAAAGCAGGGUAGCGAGGGUCAAACGGGUCGUAGAAGUUGUGUUAGAUCGAGGCGGAUCCACAGGCUUAUGCUCAUGCAAUCCAGUUAUGAUAUUACGUGAAGGGGUUGUGUGGGCAUGUAAAAAUACCAAUUUUGCGGGGUCUAUCCAAUUUUUAAUUCAGCCCCACAUGCCCAGCUUCUUCCUCGAUCACAGUGCAGAAUGAUAGAGAUAAAGAAUUGAUAAAUAUAUUCCAGAAGAAGUUUUGGGAAUGGUGAAAUGGAGGAAGUGGACAGAGGUAUGACAGAGAGAAGUUUCAGAGGGUAUAGGAUUUGGAAUUUGGGAGGAUUAUAUGCGGUGGAUAUGUCCCCCACGUUCGUGUCAUUCGAUUUUUGAAUAGAGAUGGAUCUUCCCUUACAUUCGCAUGCAGACACGCUCAACCUUUUUCUACCAAUUUACAGUCCCUGAAGGGCGCCCUAAGCCUCGCCUGUAACCCCUCCUCCUCUCCAUAAAUGGGGGCACAGCUCAUUCAGUAAGGGAAAGACUCAUUCAACUCACUUGAUUGCAUUUGGUUGAUCAGAGUGUGGGUUCUAGAGUAUUGUGUUGAAUUUCAAUUCAGUCAUGGAGCAGAAAAAUGAGUUAGAUCAAGGAGAUGAGAUAAUGCUACCAGGGUUCAGAUUCCAUCCUACUGAUGAAGAACUUGUUGCAUUUUAUCUGCGUAGAAAGGUGCAGAAGAGGCCUCUGUCCAUUGAGCUCAUCAAACAGCUUGAUAUCUACAAGUUUGAUCCAUGGGACCUUCCAAAGAUGGCGAGCAUAGGAGAGAAGGAAUGGUAUUUUUACUGUCCAAGAGACAGGAAAUAUCGCAACAGCAACAGACCCAAUAGGGUUACCACUGCGGGGUUCUGGAAGGCUACAGGGACUGAUAGGCCUAUUUAUUCUUCUGAUGGGACCAACUGCAUUGGACUUAAGAAGUCUCUUGUCUUUUACAAAGGGCGGGCCGCCAAAGGGAUUAAGACAGAUUGGAUGAUGCAUGAGUUCCGUCUUCCUACCCAGUUGCCUGUCUCCUCUCCUUCUAAAAGACCUCUCGACAAGGAUCUGCCCCCCAAUGAUUCUUGGGCUAUAUGUCGUAUAUUCAAGAAAAGCACAGUAGCACAGAGAGUUCCUCAUCAUAUGUGGACACCACCAAUGGUGGACAGAUCAUUUGAAUCAAGCUGCAACAAUAACUACAGCUAUAACAACAUCAUGGACAUCCCACAACCCAAGGCAGGCACUGGAGAUGUACAAACACACCCCGCUUCUACAAAUGCCAUACCGUCUUCAAUAAUGGCAGGCACUGAGGAAUUCCAGUUCCUGAACCAGCAACAGCCCACAAACAUGGCCUUUGGCUCUUGCAAAUUCAGCCAUGCCAAAUCAAUUCCAUGCUUUCUUCCUGCAAGAUCGCUAUCUCUGCCAAAUCUGGAAUACUCAAACACUAGUGAUCAAUCUCAUUACAAUGAGCAUUCAGCAGAGAAAAGCACCCUUAAUUUUGUGAGUUACAUGUUGCAGAUGCCACCUCCUGCAGAUGAUGCCCAGAAGACUCAGAAUCUCUCUCCUGAUGUCUGUACUGAUCAUCAACAACAACAAGAAGCAGAGGCUUUUCUUAAGAAGAACAAAAUAUUCAACAGCAUUCCCAUGCCAGGGAACAUUAGCCUCUGCAACUCCUUGCCAUUCCAGUCCAAUCUGUAUGAUGUAUUGAAGGGUGUGAGCACUAAUCAAUGGGACAUUCCCACCUCUGCGAUAUUGUAACUGUCUGGUAAGGUUAAGCUUACACAAUAACAUACAUACGUUAUACAAUUAUAUACAGCAAACAUACACAGCAAUAUGCUGGAUAUAUUGGAUACACUGUUAACUGCUUUGUGUAGACCUCCAUACAAAAGCCUUUCCUUCCAUCAAAUCAAUCCACCCAUCAAUAACCUGAUUAGUUGCAAUUCAUCCAGGAAAAAUAAGUCGGAGCACUCUCUUGUUAUUCAUGUAACAGAUCCUGUUUUGGGUGCUCCAAGAGUUUUUAGGUGUUUGAAAUUUUCUGCCUGUGAUUUGAUCUUGGUCUUUGUAUAUUCCUUUGAUUUGGAAAUUGUAACUUGUAACCUUUUCUAAAUAUAUAUAU